GAUGCUGUGUGGUUGGAGGGUCCCGAGGUGGAAGAUGAGGUGGUCUUCCUCCAGUCAUCCAGCAGCUUGGAUCCAGCAGUUGUGGCCCAGGACUUGAAGUGGUUGACCUCAGGGCGGUGGGGUUGUUUAGUGCAUGUGUCCCAGCUAUAGUCCCUGAACCACUCUGUGAGUUGGCAUCACGUCUCCUCGAUGUAGAGGUGACCACAUCAAGAGCAACAAAUGCAGUAGAUGAGAUGGAUAGAUGCGUAGGAAAAUCUCUGCUGGUUUUGAAAUGAUCCUUUCGGGCCUUGGAACUGAGAUGAAGGGUGGAGGAUACGGGCGUAGGUCUGACAUCUCAAGGGAAGAUGGAGGACGUGAAUCUAACAAGGGAGUUGCCCUCAAUCAAGAUAUAAGAUUGCAAAGUCAGUGCCUGAAACAUCUCUAUCGAAUUAAAUAAACUUAAAUACACAUACUCUCCAAGAAUGUGUUGGCGAUUGACCGAUUACAAAUCAAUAACUAAACGUCCGUGCUUUAGCCACCGAUACCGAAUAGAAUUGAAAUGGUCAGUAGUGUUUAUUAGAGAAAAGUGCCACGUGAUGGAAAAUCGAAAGUGAAAUUAUAUUUCAUCUUUUGCGAAAUGGUCGCGCGAAUGUCUGCCGAAGCAAAGUCUUUCCAAUUGAGGGUUAAGGCUUCUGCUCAGGCUCUCCUGUUGUACGCUCUGCUCUCCUUGUGGUCUCACUAUGCAGCAGGAGCCUUGGAUGUGACCAUAUUUCCAAACCGAACACAGGUCAUCAUGAAAAAAGAUUUUACCCUGAAAUGCAAAUUUACUGGUUAUCAUAACCUCAGCCGAACAAAUGUUGGGGUUCAGUGGCUUGGACCCUUAAAAAAGGAGAUCUACAUCUUUGAUGCAGGCAAGCAUACUCCGAAAAGACAAGGAGCAAAGCUGUCUGAAGCUGACUUAUUGAAAGGAGAUGCUUCACUUUUCCUUCCAAAUGUACAGAUUGAUGAUGAAGGGAAAUACACUUGUAUUGUAUUUGUCACACCUGAGAAGGACGAAAAGAGUUCACACCUGCUGGUUUUAGCUCAACCAGAAGUCCACUUGUCCACAAAUCACAUCACUGUUCUGAUAGGAACAGAGAGAUCUGUGAGUUGUAAUGUUCAAGGAUUUUACCCUCAGCAAUUUGGUCUCACCUGGGAAAAGAUAACAAAUAAAGGAAAAGAAAUGCUGGAAGAUCAGUUUUGCACAGGUGCUGUAACUCCCAUGGAUGAUGGAACUUUCAGUGUUUCUAGUAGAGUCAGGAUUGAACCAACAUGGAAUGAUGAUGGUGCUAUGUACCAGUGUACCGUGACUCACCAAUCGGGUUCUGAUAUUAGCAAGCAUACUAGACUCACAGUUAAAGAGCCUGAAAAACAUUCUUCAGCCUUAGCAGUUGCUGCAAGUAUAUUUGGUACAUUGCUGUUUUGUGCAGUAUUCUUAGCUUUUGGAUGGCUCUAUUGGAGAAGAAGAGGAGUUCCUCCAGAAAUUAUUGAAUUCAGCAAACCUUCCGUAUUUCAACAUUCUGAACAAGACUUCAUUAAUUACCAAGUCAAUGGAUUUAGACCUUCUAAGAUUCAAGUUGUUUUAAUGUUGAAGAGGACAGGGAAUGAAAAUGGAAUAAAAAUUUUUCAUAGGUAUUGCACACCGAGAACUACAGAAAAUAAUAAGCAAUCAGUGUUCAAAAGUAAUCAAAAUGAAGGGCGCCUUCUUCUAACUGAUUGUUUGCUAGAUGAAUCCUUUUCGCCUUUGGAACCGACUUUAUCUGAGAACAGUGACAGGACUUUCAAAUUGCAGGGCAUGGUUGAAGUCUGUCCUGAUGUAAAACGUGAUAAUGGGGCUGAAUUAAUUCUUCAUGUUUACCAUGAGACUCUUGCCCAACCUGCUUCAAAAGCUAUAACACUGGAAGUUAAACAAGUCCCACCAAAGAUGUCAAACAUUGUGGUGCCACUUCACGUCCAUCAUAAUGAGCCUGCAGCCUUGAUUUGUUCUGUCAUUGGAUUUAAACCAAAACCUCUUCAAAUCACAUGGCAACGAAUCGGGCGGGAUGAUAAAUUGGAAGAACUUCUGCGCUUGGAUCAGGAAAGGACCAUCUUUGCUCCUGAUAGUGGGAACAAAUGCAAGUAUCAUCAUCAAAUUAGUGAGGUAGAAUAUGAAGAUAAAUCCUAUGGUAUCACCAGUGUCCUAGUUAUUUUGCCAGAUGUACUGCAAGACCAAGGAACAAAGUAUAUCUGUCAAGUACGACAUGAGGACUCUGCUGAGCAGAAAGAUACAAUUCUGAAAAUUACAGCCCCACCAAAAUCGAACAGGAUAAUAUGUGGUGCAGAAAAACCAGUUGCAGGAGAGUGCAUGACUUUGCAAUGCAAAAUACAUUCUUUUUACCCCCAAAACAUCACAAUAUCAUGGCUCAAAGAAGGUGAAAAAAUGUUGGAAGAAUUCAAUCAAAGUGGGCCCGAACUAGGAAAUGAUGGGCUCUAUAACUUGACAACGAGUGUGAAGACUACACUGAGAGGAGCUGAUGUUGGGAAGAAAUACACUUGCCAAGUACAGCAUGAAAGUCUAGUACAGCCUUUAGAAGUUGACUGGGUGCUUGAUAAACUGAGUGUUGAAAAUAAAAAAUCUGCUCCUGGGUUGCCAUCAAAAAUUGAAGGUGUUAAGAGUACAACCGCUGCUCAAGUAAAUGGAUCGAUUGGUGCAGGUGUUAAGAGUACAACCUCUGCUCAAGUAAAUGGAUCGAUUGGUGCAGUUUUUAUUCCAAUAGAUAAAACCGAGAUAUCACCGAUAACUUGCCGAACACCAGCUCCUAAAGUUGGCCAACCUGUAACAAUUUCCUGCACUGUUACAGGAUAUGCUUUAGAAGACUGUUGCAUCACCUGGUACAAAUAUAUUUACCCUUUUAAAGAAACCAACUGCAUUGAAAACAAACCAUUUGAAAGUGGUGUAGGUUUCACCACUUCGUUAACUUAUACACCAAAGCAAGAAGAUGACAAUUGCCAGUUCUCCGUUGAAAUUAAUAUUGAGAUGGACACAAUUAGCAGAUUCUUCACAAUGAAAUUAGGUUGAGUUGAUAUGGCAGUUUCUGGAACAAUGAUCAGUACAUUCUGAUUUUGCAGCUAUAAAAUGAAGUAACAUUUUUGUUUAGAUUUCAUUAUGUAUAAUAAAAUGUUUUCAUAUGUAUGACCAACAAUAGCUUUGUUUGUAUAUAUCCCCAUUUAUAAUCUAAGAUUUACUGGUCAGAAACUUGUCCUGGAACAUUGUAAGCUCUGUAUCUAUAUGCAAGUACUGGUAUUUUUGUUCUUGUUAACUGAAUGAUUAGAAGCAAAGGGAAAAUCCAUUACCUAGCGACUAACCAGUUGAUCAUUAAGCAUACACCUUCAAAGCCAAUCUUUGUGUCAAAACAGAAUAACUUAAUGAAAGAAAGUGGCAUAGAGCAGUACAGGUAAAAACAAUGACUGCAGAUGCUGGAAACGUUUCUGGAUUAGUGGUGCUGGAAGAGCACAGCAGUUCAGGCAGCAUCCGAGGAGCAGUAAAA